ACUCCAGUCCCUUGAAUUAUAUAGCAUUCAACGAAGACACGAGCGAUACCUUAUUCUUUACAUGUUCAAGUGUCUCCACGGUCUUUGCCUCAAUCAAGGCAUUGACCGCUCCCAGAGUGACAGAAGAGGCAUUACUUGUGCCAUUCGACAUAAGGCGAGUUUGUUGGACAAUGUACAACCUUUAGCCAUAGAUUUCUAGACGCUUGAUGUCGGACGACCGACCACUCGGUUGGCUAAACAGUACAAUAAACCGGUUUGUAAUCAAUUCCCAGGAGACCAUCCAUUGUACUGUUUUACCAGCCGAGUGGUCGGUCGUCCGACAUCCAGUGUCUAGAAAUCUAUGCUUUAGCCCAUACCUCUCCGACUAUUGGGACAUUCAGGCAGAUUUUGCAGCUGAUUCGGUUAAGUAAACAAAUGUUUGUUUGCUGGUACCCGGUUAGUGUAUCGUGGGUGUAAAUUGAACAUUUUGAUAAACCCUAAAGAAUAUGCCUAAGGAAUCAGCAAGUCACAAGAAGAGAAAAAAUGGGACGUAUUGUUGCGUUGUCGAUUGCCGAAAGAGUCAGCGAGUGGAUGGUUCUCGUGGGAUCAAAUAUCACUCGUUUCCCACUGAUGAAAAGCGUUACUAUCAGUGGGUUAGAGCCGUCAGACGUGAAAACGCCCAUGGUUCGCUAUGGUCACCAAGUUAUGUGUCCCGGAUCUGCUCAUCUCACUUCGUUGGAGGUGUGAAAAGCGAUGAUCCUGAGAGUCCAGCUUACUAUGCGACGAUAUUUCCAACCAAACAUGUCAAACCCAAGACCAUGUCAGAUCUUAAAAGGUUUGAGAGAAGAAGGUCAAGGGAAAAUGCGAAGUUGAUAGCCGAAAGUGCUCAGACUAGUGAAAAGGCUCCCCAGAUCGCCGAUGAGGAUCGAUCUCUUUCCCUUGAUUCGAAUAGAACCCAAUACAACCAUGUCUUCCCUGACACUGUGGUGGGUCUAUCUAGUUGUGUGGAUGUGUCCACUCAAACGGAAGAAUCGAACGCUCCUUGUGAAUUUCGUUGGAGUUGUGAUGCAGAAAUUAAUGGCAACGUUAUGUCAUUCUUUACUAUGGCAUCUAUUCCACCUGAAAUUUGCCCCAAAAAUCCCAACAUAGACCGUGGUAAUCCAGAUCCAAACGAAUCCAAGCCGGCACUCUUUCCGAUUCUCAGCCUGAGCGAGAAACAAUUUCAAACUUUUUGCGGAAUUUCGAUCUCAGAUUUCCAAUAUCUUUUGUACAAAGGAGGAGACGACUUAAAAGACACCAGAGUGCUCUCAAGGGAACAGAAGCUUGCCCUUUUCUUCGUCAAACUGAAACUGAACUGUUCAUUUCUUGUACUUGGGGGUAUGUUUAAUGUGUCACAACAAUUUGCGAGCUCAACCUUUCGUCAAGUAUUAGAGGUCAUGUCAAUCAUCAUGAACACGUUUUUGGCUCAAACUCAAGAUUGUAAGGAGUUUCUCGAAUACUGGUGGUACGAAAGCACUUACUACUUAUAA